GUGGGGGGGGGAUGGCGGAGCGGGCACCCGAGCCUGAGGCGGAGGCCAGCGCAGGCAGGGAGGCGGCGGCGGAGGCGGCCGAGGAAGGCGCGGCGGGCCGCAAGGCGCGAGGCCGGCCGCGACUCACCGAGUCCGACCGGGCCCGGAGGCGGCUCGAGUCCCGGAAGAAGUACGACGUGCGGCGCGUAUACCUGGGCGAGGCGCACGGCCCCUGGGUGGACCUGAGGCGCCGCAGCGGCUGGAGCGACGCCAAGCUCGCCGCCUACCUCAUCUCGCUGGAGCGUGGCCAGCGCAGCGGCCGCCACGGGAAGCCUUGGGAGCAAGUCCCCAAAAAGCCAAAGAGGAAGAAAAGGCGGCGACGCAAUGUGAACUGCCUGAAGAACGUGGUAAUCUGGUAUGAAGACCACAAGCACCGCUGCCCAUAUGAGCCUCACCUGGCCGAACUGGACCCCACUUUUGGCCUGUACACCACAGCUGUGUGGCAGUGUGAGGCUGGCCACCGUUACUUCCAGGACCUGCAUUCUCCUCUCAAACCCCUCAGCGACUCAGAGCCUGAAAGUGACAAAGGUGUGUGCACAGGGCAGGGCACCAGGGACAGCAGGCAUGGGGGGAGGGGGGGUCUGUACAUUCCACAUAGCUGGAGCCCAGAGCCUGAAUUAGUAAAGCUGCCUUUUGACCCCAGUGACCCUGAGGGUCCCCAAAACCACGUCAACCUUGUGCAUCGGAAAGGGAAGACCAAAGUGUGCCCUCACCCUGGCUGUGGCAAGAAGUUCUAUCUGUCCAACCACCUGCGGCGGCACAUGAUCAUCCACUCAGGUGUCCGAGAGUUCACCUGCGAGACCUGCGGCAAGUCUUUCAAGAGAAAGAACCACCUGGAGGUCCACCGGCGCACGCACACUGGGGAGACGCCCCUACAGUGCGAGAUAUGUGGGUACCAGUGCCGGCAGCGCGCAUCGCUCAACUGGCACAUGAAGAAGCAUACGGCAGAGGUGCAGUACAACUUCACGUGUGAGCGCUGUGGCAAGCGCUUUGAGAAGCUGGACAGUGUCAAGUUCCAUACGCUCAAGAGCCACCCGGACCACAAGCCCACCUGACCCGCCCGGCCCUUAGCCUCUAUUUAUUCGUGCUCGGGCUUGUUGGAUAGAGCCUGACAGCCACAGGGGCCUCCCUGACCGCAGGCCGGAAGGAGGCGCCCCCUUCUCCACCAUGUUCUAGGGCUGGGUCCUCUGGGCAGGUCCCCCACCCUGCCCCAUCACGUCCCAUUUAUGGAGCUGGCGUUGGGGGUUGCACUGUUGAACUGUCAAGAGCACAGAGUGAGAUUAAAGUGUGAGUGAGCA